AUGAUCGCCUACGUCACAAGGAGGGCACUUCAAUUGUCCUCAUUCCUCAACCGAAUGCAACAGACCCCAAUGACCCUCUGGUCCAAUUGGACCUACGCGAAGAGAAUAAUGGCAUUUUACCCCAUCCUCUUCUUGUCUACAAUAUGCCAUUUUGGGAUCUCAGGUCUGGCACCAGGAUUCGAACAAAUUGUGUUGGAAUUUCAUGUUGGACCUGACAAAUUGUCAUGGCUCAUCUCUAUUUGCAUGCUUGGCAGCUUCAUCGGAUGCUACACCCUGGCCCUCCUGACGGAUAGAUUCGGCAGACGCCCCAUUUGGCUAUUUGCUGCUCUAUGGGUGUUUCUCUGCAGCAUCUGGGGGGCAGUUUCAGACUCGUAUACGUCUCUUUUACUCUCCAGGUUUUUUGCUUCCUGGGCGGCAGGGGUAAGCGAGCCGGUCAGCGUCACCACGACAAACGAUCUAUUUUUCUUGCAUGAGCGUGGCACCCAGUGUGGUGUCCAAUCUGUUUGGCUUUCCCUCGGGGCUUCUCUUUCUCCUGUCAUUACUGGAUUCCUAAUCCAGAGCAAGGGUUGGCGCUGGUAUAAGUGGGUGCUCUCGAUCUUGGCAGGGUUCGAUCUGCUCUGGAUUUUCUUCUGUUCUCCGGAGACACGAUACCGGCGCAACCUGCACGAAUCAGUUGAUGUGGCAGGAGCGGACGAGUUCUCUGAUAAGAGUGCCGGCACCCGGCAAUCGCUGAAUGAGAUCGCAGUGUCAUAUGAAGAGAAAACUACGUUGGAAACAUCGGCCAGCCAUCAGUCGGCCAUCGAUGCCCCUGUCCGGAAGCGGUCGUACUUGCUGGAAUUGAAACCAUGGUCUCCUGUGGAUAAGGAUGUUAAUGUGCUGGCAGCUUUCUUUCGGGCAUGGGCUACUUGGUCAUACCUCAGUAUUGCUUGGGCUGUCACGUCGUGGGCCAUCCACGUUUCAUGCGUCAUUGUGCUGAUCAGCUUGAUUCCUAUCUACUUGGGUGCCACUCCCUAUAACUUCACCACCAGUCAACAGGGACUGACAUUUCUUGCUGCUUGCGUUGGCAACAUAUUGGGUUCCUUCUUAUGUGGCUAUAUGACUGACAAACUAAGUCAAUGGUCUGCUCGUCGAAACAACGGGGUGUUUGAGCCAGAAAUGCGUCUACCAGUUGUUAUUUUUCCAGCUGUCGCCGUGCCCGUUGGCCUCCUUAUGUUUGGUAUUGGUCUCGAAAAGAAGUUCCAUUGGAUUGUCCCAGUGAUAGGAAGUGGCCUGGUAGGCACUGGCCUUACCGGCAUAGCCGCCAUCGUCGAGGCCUACAUGAUGGACAGCUAUGCUCCAGUUUUAGCUGAUGGUAUUGUGAAUUUAUACGGGUUCAAGUCCAUAGUAUCCUUUGCAAUCGGAUUUGCGGUGGUUCCAUGGCUCAAGUUGAACGGAAUCAUUCCCGUGUUCUGCAUUCUAAGCGCAAUGGUAAUUGUCGUCGAUGCCUUUGCCAUGGUGAUCUACAUAUGGGGCAAGAGGUUGAGGGAACGAGACGCCCGUCUCAGAGUCUUAGCUUUCUAA